AUGUUAUGCGGAACACAAGAAAAACUUUUACCAAUAUUCAAACAAAAAUGGAGAGCUUCUAAAAAUUGUGAUCGAACAACAUUGCUGAAUCUCCGUCGUCCAACAGUCGUAUCAAAAUUCAGAGAUACUGUACCAAUACCCAAUUAUCUGCCACUAAAAAACUCUCUUCCAUCAUGGGGAUCCAGAAAAUUGGACGAAAAAAUUCCAAUGUAUCACGGGAACACUCCGUCUGGUCCAAUUGUGUUCCAUAAAGGACCUAUGGGAAAGAAUCCUUUGCAAGCAGAUACUAAAUUAAGUUUUUUGUUAAACGAUCCGUAUGAAAUAUCACACAAAUAUAACCCAUUACACGAUCCGCAUUUAAAACACUGGGUAAAUUCACCAAUUAAUCAAAAACUUCUACAAAAUCAAAGACUCAUUACUGAAGACAACGAUGUGAUUUGUAGCUUAAAUGAAUACAAUGAGUACAGACGAUUUUUAGUCCGCGUACAUAAUGAUACAAUAAUGCAUAAGCUAAAAGUUAAAAACGCAGAAAAUGAAGAUCGCCAAAAAAUAGCCAUGGCCAAUUUUAAUCAUAGAAAAGAAUUAUUAAAGAAAUUAAAAAUGUUGAUGCCCGAAUAG